AGGGGCGGAGCUGGGUCUGUGGGCUCAGACCCAACACAUAACUGUAGGCGGCUGCAGUCUCGGGCCCCAGACAGCCGGCCUCUCUGAACUGAGCUGACAGCAUGAAGGCCCUCACAGCCCUGCCACUGCUGCUGCUGCUGCUGCUGCUCUCCACAGCUCCCUGCGCCCCGCAGGUCUCUGGGAUCCGGGGAGAUGCUCUGGAGAAGUCUUGUCUUCAGCAACCCCUGGACUGUGACGACAUCUACGCUCAGGGCUAUCAGACAGAUGGCGUGUACCUCAUCUACCCCUCUGGCCCCAGCAUACCGGUGCCUGUCUUCUGCGACAUGACAACUGAGGGUGGCAAGUGGACGGUUUUCCAGAAAAGAUUCAACGGCUCAGUGAGUUUCUUCCGGGGCUGGAAUGACUACAAACUGGGCUUUGGCCGUGCUGACGGGGAGUACUGGCUGGGUAAGGUGGGGCCAUGGGGUGGGGGCUGCCCCUCAGCUAAGUCUUUGCUGACCAGCUGCCACCCCUCCCUAGGGCUGCAGAACCUGCACCUCCUGACACUGAAGCAGAAGUAUGAGCUGCGUGUGGACUUGGAAGAUUUUGAGAACAGCACAGCCUAUGCCAAGUAUGUUGACUUCUCCAUCUCCCCCAACGCCGUCAGUGCUGAGGAGGAUGGCUAUACUCUCUACGUGGCUGGCUUCGAGGAUGGUGGGGCAGGUGACUCACUGUCCUACCACAGUGGCCAGAAAUUCUCCACCUUUGACCGAGACCAGGAUCUCUUCCUGCAAAACUGUGCGGCCCUCUCCUCGGGAGCCUUCUGGUUCAGAAGCUGCCAUUUCGCCAAUCUCAACGGCUUCUACCUGGGUGGUCCCCACCUCUCCUAUGCCAAUGGCAUCAACUGGGCUCAAUGGAAAGGCUUCUACUACUCCCUCAAGCGCACUGAGAUGAAAAUCCGCCGCACCUGAGGGGCUGGCCCAGAUCCCACCCCUG